AUGACAGAAAAACAACAGCAACUACCGAGCAACCGUCUGGGCCAAGUUCGCCAUUUGGACUAUCCUGAACGAGCUCCUUCUCGCGGAGCAAGAUCAGAAAUGGGCGAUAUUGGUCCACGGGGCGGGUUAGGUUUUUAUCGUCCACACUUUUCACAGCAGCAUUUUUAUGAUCCACGAAGUUUCUAUUCUGCUUCUCGGUAA